AUGAAUGAAAUGGGUAUAAGUGAUAAUGAUAAUAAAUUAUACAUUAGCACUACAAAUAAAAAAAGCAAAAAACGAAAAAAGAAAAAGCAAAAUAAAAACAAAAAGAGAGUGGAAUCCGCAUCUGCAAAUAAAAUUGAAAAGACUAGGCAAAAUCUUGAAGAUGAGGAUUAUGACAAUGACAAAAAUGUGCAUAUAAAUAAUGAAAUAAGUGAAAAUUCUGAAUUUUACAAAAACCUUGACGAAGAUAACGUUGAAAAUGAUGGGCAUAGUGGAGGUUGGGUGCUGAAUAAAAACGAUGAAAAGAAAUUGAGAAGGGAAGAGAAGAAGAAGAUAGAAGAGGAAGAAAAAUUAAAACGACUUAACAAAUUGAAAGGAAAGGAUAUUGUGGAUAAAACAUCUUUUUCAUUUAAUAAUAAUAAGAAAAUGAACUAUAAAGAAUAUUAUGAUGCCGAAAUGAAAGAGAAGAGUAUUUUGAACAAAGAAAGUAUAAUUGGCAAUAAAAUAAAAAUAAAUGAGGAUUUGGAAAAAAUAAGCAACUCAAAGCAAAUUGAAGAUAAAAAACUUUUUGUGAAUCCAGCAAUUAGUUUUAAGGCAAUUCUUGAUAAAAAGGAUUCGAGAAAUGAAUUGAGUGAAAAUAGUAAAUUGAAGGAGGGAAAUGAAGAAAGCAAGAGCGAAAAGGAAGAUAAAUUUAAAGAUGCUGAAAAAGAUGACAAGGCUCUUGUUUCUUCAAAUAAAAUCGUUAAUUCAUCAAAAUUUUCUCCUUUUACUCCAAUUAACUAUUUAGAGGAGGAUGUAUUAGAUGAAAGAUACAUGAGAUUUAUUUCAAGCAAUGAAGAUCCUAGAAGGCUUAUUCCAUCCCUAGACAUUGGAGUUAUUGUUUAUGAAAUUAAUAAACGUUUUAAGCACCUUCAAAAAAUCAGAAUGACGAAUAACUGCCAGGAUAAAAAUGUUAAUUUGACUUUCGGAGAAUUCUAA